AAUAGUGCAAAAUAAAAUGAAUCGGUGCGAACAUGGACAUUUAGGGUAUUUAUCAUUGCCUCAGCCACCUCCAAUAGAUGUAGUUAGGCCAGUGCGUUCAAGGUCUCCAGCAUUUGAGUCUGCUUACUCCCGUUCUUACAUGAAUUAUAUGGAGCAUAGGCCCAGACUGGUCGAGAGACUGUGUUCAAAUCACAUAACUGAAGAAAGAUUAGCCCGAGAAGCCCAAGAAAGAGCUGAAAUGAAGCGCUGCCGCAGCUUUGUUGAUGAUGAGAAAAUGCAGUAUGACCACAAGAUAAACAGAGGGGCAUAUCAAUCCGUCUUUGAUGCAAGGCAUACACGGAAUCUAGGAUAUCCCACUCACUACGAACUUGAUGCUAAAUACUCAGAACGCUUGGCAAAAGAAUCAAGAUUUUAUACAGAAGAAUCCCAAGUUCCUCCUCAAACUAUAGAGCUCUACGAAGGAUCUGAUGAUGGACAAGAGGAUGAGACUAAGCAUAACAUUGCUAGUAAACUUGGUGGUCCAGGAACAGAGGGUUAUAUCGACACAAUAGUAAACUUCAAUGAAAAAGAAGGAGAACUAAACAUCUCAAAUGUAGUAAAAAUAGGGAAUCAAUAUAUCAAAAAGGAAUGGAAUUGCGGCAAAGAGUAUCGCAAAACACUUGCGAACAACUCAGCCUCAAAAUAUAGAAGCCAUUCCUCCCCAAGAAAAGGAGAUGACACAGUUGGGAUGGACGACACUUUCGAUCCAUCAAGAAUGACUGUCUCGAGGAGAUUAUUUGAUGAAGAUGAGCAAUCUGUUGAGCCAAACCCAACAAUUGACCGUAAAGGAUUCACUAAGCAUAGGUUCAAUGAUAAUAUUGAAAACUGUGAUUGAGACUUAUGCCAGCAAGAGGAUGAAGUCUUUUGGGAGACCAGCCGGCCACUUUCGCAUCGUAGAAGUUCUCUCAAAAAGAAGAUAAUAGAAGAUAUCAAUAGAGACUCUAUUAAUAGAAAAUCAAUUCAGAGAAGUUCCAAUGGAGAUAACUCAGAGAAGAGAGAUUCGCUGAUAAAUAGCACCUCUAAAUUUAACAAUAUCAAAGAUACUUUCAUUGUAGAUGGUAUCGAGCAAUCUAGAAGAUCUCCCGACAAAUCCAGAGAGUCUAUCAACAGGUCAAGUUUUAAAUAAGGCAGAUAGAGAAUCUAGUGCAUACAGAAAAUCUGUGUCUUUCAAACAGCUUGUAAAUGAAAAUACAGAGAGAAAUCGUUCAUCAGGUUCAAAUAGGAAAUCAUUAAAAAGAUCCAGAAGAUCAUCCUCCAGGGAGAGCCCUUCGUUUGGUGCUAAUAACUCAAUAUAUGAUGACACAGCUGACUUUGAAGAGCUGGAUUAUGUCGAUAGUAUUCCAACAGAGGGAAAAAGAAGUUUACUCCGAAGUUCUGGCUUUUCUGCAACAAAAGAUAAGACCAGAAAGAACAAGAACUCCUUCUUCUCUCCUAAUAAGCUAAGUCUAGCGAAUAAUGAAAAAGGGUAUAGGAUGACAGAGGUAAAGGUAAAUAGGAAUCAAAUUAGUCCAACUAUUAAGAAUCCCCGAUCUGGAACUAUGAAAUUCCAAAAAUACCUCACCAACUCAAGCCAAGGAGGAAUUGAGAGAGGCUCAAGAACAGAGGCAAGAAACAAAAGUCUAAAGCAAGUCGCCUUGAAGCUAGUAAAAUAUGGAGAGCUCCAGAUGUAUGAGAAUACAGUAAAGAACACUCUCUGAAUGCAGCCAAACUAUAAUGCUGGGUUUGGCUUCGAGAUUCUGAAUCCCGAAAAGGGAUCUGUUGAUGCUUCAAGACUUCAUAAUGCCUUAAGAACCAAUCUGAAAAUCUCACUCGUUGAUAAAAACGUUGUAGAAGACAUCAUAGGAAGGCUAGCAUACGUCAAUGAGAACGAACUGGUCCUGUCGGAUAUGUCCUUUUUUGAACCAUCAAGAGACUUUUCUUCUUAUCCUACAUAUAUGAAAAACUUCAAUAGAGAUCAAGAUGAAGAUGAUACUUCUUGGCACAACUUAUAUAAGGAGCUUUGGAAGGCACUCAUAAACACAGUCAAGCAGAGACGGAUCAUCCAGAAUGAGAUGAGCCAGAUGCAUCCUAAUGGAGUUGAUUACAUGUUCCAAGAAUUAGGGAUUGAUAAAAAUGUUAAGUGCAAUGAAGAAGACAUUGAAGUUUUCUUGUCCCAACAACUAAAAACUACUCAUGAUCCAGAACUGAUCAAUUCAAUUCUAGAAUCUCUUGACAGAGACCAAGAUGGACUAGUGUCCUACCAAGAAUUUCUUGAUGCCUUAUACGGAGCUGAAUAAUCCCUCUCCAGUGCUAAGACGUAUCAUUUUCCAGCUAAAAUUGA